CUCAUUAGCAAGUGUGUACGGCGGGCUGUUCUGAGUGUUGUGUGUGUCUCUGAAAUAAAAGUGAAAUUUGCCUGGAUGCUGUUACUGAAGUUACACAUCUGUAAUGUUUAAAAGGGACUUCUACAUGUUUUUCAUAUAAUUAUUAAAAAAAGAACAUUUUGUAAAGUAUAACCAAACCAAUAAUGCUAAGACAAAGUAAACAGAAAUCCAUGAUUUCAUCUCUUUUAGGAAAAUCAAACCAUCUUAAAAGCUAAGUGGUGAGUACAUUUAUGUAUGGCAGUUUGUGUAACACACGCUGUAGAGCCGUACCAUCCUGAAAUUCCACCUUGUACAAACAUUUGAUAACCACUUUAAAGGUUCUACUAAAUGUGUUCCCAAAGGCAUGGAUCCGUCUAACCACUGUUAGAUACGGCAGAGAAAGAGAGGGGUGGGAAGCUGAUACUGAACAUGAGAUAAGGGAGUCAGGUGGUGCAUUCUGAUUACCUGAGUCAAUAUAACCUGGUGUGAUAACAGCUAAUGUACAGUGGGACUCUUUCAUACCCAGACUAACAAUCCGUUUGCUCAAACAGCUAUUUUUGUAUUUUUCACAGCAAACCAUACAAAGCCUCCUCCUGCCAUCACAUCAACACCAUGCCUCAUCGCAGCUGUUCUGUUGAGAUUACCAACAACUCUGGCUACUACACUCUGGCCAAUCCAAGGGUUUUCAAUGAGAGUGGUGAAUGUGAGGUCCCUCUGCCACCCAUGGUAGGUCCCUGCUCUGAAGCCAGUGCACUGUUUAACAAAGUCACCGGCAGUGCAACUGGAGCAGUUGGAGUCUUCACCUAUGACCUUUUCAAUCCUGACAUGAACGACUAUAGCCACAUCAUGGCUGUCAUGUUCUCCGUGCCGUAUGAUCGAAACCUCUACUCCAACUGGUUUGCCGUGGGGAUCUUUGACAAAGGAACCGACUGUGACUACAAUCUUUAUGACAUCAUGUAUAACGGGAGUGAAAAUAGUUUUGUAAGAGCCAAGGCUGACGGGUCCUGCAUUUCUUAUGAAGGUGACUACAUUAUUGUCAGUGCCUCCAUGUCAGAUUCAGGUGAAGGAAUCCUGAGGGUGGAUGUCAAUGACACGGGGAUGUAUUAACCCAACAGACGCAAGAUGUUACACAAGUAAUAUAAAACAAUCACUGUCAUCCCACACUGCAAGGGUCAAUCAACUGGUAAAACUGGUUACACUGAUUUCAGUGUAAAUGAGUGCAUGUGAUUGGAUACCGUGUGCUUUUUCUCUCGACUGAUUCAUGAAAGAUUUGUAUGUAUCAAAAUCAAGUUUUCUUUGUAACCAAUGUAUAAUGUACAAGGUGAGAUUAAAAAAAUCUAAACCUUUACCUGA